AUCCACACGGUCCUUACGCUGCAGAAACCAACGCUUUAGGAGAUUAAUCACAUUUUCCAUGAAAGUUAAAGCCACAGUGUGAAAAUGUCCAAACAUCAAGAAGAAAAACAAAUGGAGUUGAGAGUGGUGUUGCUCGGAAGCCGUCAAACUGGGAAGACAUCAGUGAUCGACACUAUACUGGGAACCAGUGCAACACACGAGCUGGUGAAGAGAGAGGGCUUUAUUGAUGGCAGGAGACUCAGACUGGUUGAGACCCCCGGCUGGUGGAAAACAUUCAGUCUUAAUGAUUUAUCAAACAUCUGCAAACAGCAGCUGGCUCGCAGGAUUGCUCUGACGUCACCGGGACCCCACGUGGUGUUGAUCGUGAUUCGGGCCGAUCGCACGUUCACCGAUUCCGAUGGGAAGUUUCUGGAGGAAUAUGUGGAGCUGAUGGGAGCGAAUAUCUGGCCUCACACACUCAUAAUCUUCACAAGAGGAGAUUUGAUCGAACGAGAACACAUAGAGCAACGUGUUCAGGAUCCGGGGUCAGCGCUCAAGCGACUCGUUGAAAAAUGUGACGAUAAAUAUCACGUUUUUAAUAAUUCAAACCGUCAUGAUCGAACACAAGUCACAGAGUUGCUCAAGAAAAUCGAAGGUAUUGUUGGGAAGAAUAACGGCAGGCACUUUGACAUUGACUUGGAUAAAGUAAAGGAGGUUAAUGAGCGCUGGGAGGAACUUCAGACGAGAGCGAGUGCUAGAAAACACGGAGUACAGAAGCAACGGUCGAUAGUUAAAGGGAAAGCAUAUGUACAUCUUCUUGAGGAGGUCAGAGUUGUUUUGCUGGGAUGGAUCCUCUCCGGAAAGAGCGCAGCCGGAAACACAAUCUUGAAUCGGGAUGAAUUUGACAUCGGAGGAAGAACAGGCGAGGGAAUAAGAGGCUUCGGAGACGUGGACGGACGGACGUUGACCGUUUUAGACACUCCGGGAUGGUGGAAGUAUUUUGCAUCAGAAUUUAACCCAGACUUUAUUAGAUCUGCCAUUUUAAAAAAUGUUUCCGAGUGUAAGAAAUUCCCUCAUGCCCUGUUGCUCGUGAUUCCAGCCGAUACAUCAUUUCAGGAAGAGCAAAAGCGAAUCAUUGAGGAAAACAUGUCUAUAUUAGGAGAGGACGUCUGGAGACACACUAUAGUUCUGUUCACGUGGGGUGACCGGUUUAAAGACGUCUCGAUCGAGCAGCACAUCGAGAGCGAAGGUGAAGCGCUUCAGUGGCUGAUUGUGAAAUGCAAGUACAGAUAUCAUGUGUUCGACAACACAGACAAGAAGAAUCGAGCUCAAGUCACAGAGCUGCUCCAGAAGAUCGACGAGAUGGCGGCAGAAAACAGUGUGUUUCGUCUCGACACACACAAAUACACUGAUCCGGAGAAAAGCCAUCCGAGACAGGAGGAUCCGAUGAUGACCGAGAUCAGACUGGAGGAUGUGUGUCACUUUCUGGACGACGGCUUUAAGAGAAAAGCUGAAGAGAUUAGAAGGAAGAUUGAAAACUUACGCGGGGAUAUCAUGGAAGAACGUCUAAACUUUGAUGAAUGUAGCAAGGGUACUCCUCCUAUCUUUGAGGAUGAACUUCCUGAUUCCCAGAAGGAAGUGAUCAUUCCAGCUCAACAGGACAACAUUCCUGAGCCGAUUAAAACACUUCUGGAGAGAGAGUUCAGCCGAUGGGAAAGUAUCAUCAUAGAAGGCGUCCGGGAAAGUUUGCUGGAUAUUAAAUCAUCAUUUGAACUCUCUCCGGAUGAGAAGCGGCAGAUGACAGAGGACUCUGUGCAGAAGUGGCUCAAGAACUGCAGACAUUAUGUGGAACACACGGUGGAUAAAAUACGAGCUCCUUAAUCAGGGAUCUGAAGAUCCAGUGUGUGUGUGUGUGUG